CGUCCUCGUAAUUUUGGUUAUCCUUGGAAGAAGCCAUGGCCGACGUCGUAGCAGAGACGGCGGCUCCUGCCGAGAAGAAACCGGGGAAGGAGAAGAAGGCGAGGGCGCCGAAAGCUGCAAGGGAGAAGAAGUCCAAAGGUUCGAAGUCUUCCUCCCCUGCUCACCCUCCUUAUUUCCAGAUGAUUAAAGAGGCGAUUUUGGCGUUGAACGAGAAGACUGGAUCGAGCCCCCACGCGAUCGCCAAGUUCAUGGAGGGGAAACACAAGGGAGUUCUGCCGGAUAACUUCAAGAAGGUUUUGGCUGUCCAACUAAAGAAUUCCACGACGAAGGGGAAACUAGUGAAGGUGAAGGCUUCGUUCAAGUUGUCGUCCUCCGGAAAGAAGGACUUGAAGAAGGUUGCCAAGAAACCAGAGAAGAAGCUGGUGGUGGAGACGAAGAAGCCUAGGGAAACGAGGAAGAGGAAGGUACCUUCCGAACCUGCGCCGAAGAAGGCCCCAAAAACUUCUAAGGAGAAAAGAGCUCCCGCAAAGAAGGCAAAGGCGCCGCUGGUUUCUCCCAAACCAAAGCAGCCUAAAUCGAUCAAGUCCCCUGCGGCGAAGAGGGCCCGAAAGGCCGCGGCUUGAUGCCUUUGCUGUGAUUUCGCCGUUGAAACUUCGCAGACGAAGCUCUGUUUGUAGAUAAACUAGUUUCAAUUCUUCGGCGUCGUAGUUUGUGGAUAGAUGAACUUCGACUAUAGUUGUUUCUGGCGACUUUGUGACUGCUACUUGUGCAUGGUUUAUGCAGUUUCAAUCUUGUUUUAAUUGAUGAUCUUGAUCAGAA